CGGUGAGAGCUGUAAGCUCUUUUCCUCUGCACGCGUCACCCCUCCCCUGCCCGUGUCUCUCCUGCUACCGCUGCUGGCUGCUGCUGACACCUAACUGGGAGGACAGUGAGAAGCAGCUCUGGGAUGGACCCUGAACUCCAGCUUCGGUGGGCUGCAGAGCCCCAACGCCUCUGUUGCUGCUGUUUCACAGGGUCCAGGUAGAGCUGCUGCUGGUGAGCAGGAGGAGGUGCUCUGCUCGACAGGCUGCCUUUACCCCCUCCUCCCCCCUUCACCACCGACGCCGCCACCCAUCCUCUCACACCAUCACGCAGCUCAGUGAGGCUUCCUGUCAGCCCCUGUCACAGGCUGUGGUUUCAAAUGGAAAAUGUCACUGGGCACUUUAAAGACGAGCGAGGGGCGAGAGUGAGGAGCCUGAGGGAUGAGUGACAGAAAGAAAGAAAGAGAGAGAGAGAGAGAGGUUGAUUGCACAAGAGUGAGAUAGUGAUGAACGAGUAGAAAGAGAGGAGGACAGUAAAAGACAGAGGGACAGAUAUCUAUUAAAGUCUUGAGUCCAGCAGAGGAGACGACUAUGUGUUUCCUCUCCGGGACCCCCUGCUACCUUCACUGACCACGGCUCAUCAGUCAUAUUGCGGUCAUGACCAAGGAGGUCCUGGUGUCCUUAUACGUCCUGGUGGUUCUGUUCUCAGUGCAUGCGGCCCGCUCUCACAAAGGCUCACAAGGUCUCUCCUGCGUCAACGACUUUGUCAACAAUGUCAGCUGUGCGUGGGGCGGCGCUCCAGUGGCGCCUGGUGUGGACUGCUGGAUCGUUGGUGUCAAGACGACCUGGAUCUUCAAGAACUACAUGAGAUAUCCCGGAACAGUCAUUGGAAGCUGCAAGCUGAAAAAACACAGAAACUCCCCUCCAGGCUGCAGUUUUGUCUUUAAAAAUGAAGAAUUUACCCCUUUUAAAGACUUACCGUACAUCAGCAUGGAGUGCAACGGCACGCUGGUGGAGAACCUCACAAAGUAUACACCGUACGAUCACAUCAAAAUGCAUCCUCCAGGUGUUCCCAAUGUCAGCUGCACUGCCAACGAGACGAGGAUAUCAUGGAGUCCGGGCAGUCCUCGCUCUCGCUUCAUCACAUCUUUAAACUUCCAAGUUCAGAUCACACAGAAUAACAAGACAUGGAACGAAGCCAACCUUCUGUCCACACAAGAACAAGAGCUAAGGAUACCUGCUGGGCAAUUAAAGGGGCACUGCCGGGUCAGAGUGAGAGUCACACCCACUGCACAACUGCACAGAAACCACUGGAGCAACUGGAGUCCAACAGUGUCCUGGAUGGAAGCGACAGACGCGGUAACAUCACAGGGCCAAGAUUGGCUUUGGACAUCACAGAUCAUGCAGGCAGUGGUGUUCAGCAUGGGGCUCGUAGUUGUAAUGCUGGUCCUUUACAGGAGUUGUGUGAGCAGGAGGCUACUUAAAGGGAAGCCAGUACCAAACCCUUCAAAAUACUUCCACACUCUCAACUCCGUCCACGGAGGAAAUCUUCAGAAAUGGCUGAAUCCUCUGUCAGCUUCUGAGUCGUUCUUCACGGCUCAGCCACGCGAGCGCAUCUCCCCGGUUGAGGUGUGCGACAGCUGGGAUGCGGCCCCCUUCACCUCUCCCUCCUCCAGCUCCACCAGCGCCCUGCUCCACUUCAGGAGCUACCACUUGGCUGCCUCCGACACCAGCGGGGUCGUCGAUAAUUCCUCCUCCUCCUCUUCCUCUUCCUCCUGCUUCUCUAACAUAGGCUACUUCAUGUCCAGCUCCUCCGGCGGCUCUGCUCGAACUGACCCUAACCCCGUCUACUUCACCUAUCAGGAUGAUUUCCACAAUCUGCACAACAGCCUUCACCUCUCCCUCUGCCCGUCCCUUAACACCUCCCCGACCUAUGAGAGCCUGAAGAGGGAGCCGCAGAGCCCGGACUCCGGCUUUGGCAUCGGAAAAGAGGAGGAAGAGGGCAAGGAGGAUGAAAAGGUCAUGGAUGUAGAAGAGAUAGAGGUUUCAGAUGAUCACCGGAGUCCUCCUCUUCUCAUCCUCCCUCUCCGUCUUCCCUCCCAGAUAUACCCUCCCUCCUCUGCUCCACCCCCUCCCAACACUCCCAGUCUGAUUCAGGUAAACUCUGACGGCCAACAGGUGGAUGCACCUGCGGCUGCUGCUGGUGGCAGCUACGCGGCCUGGCCAAUGGCUGGUCCCAUGUGCAGGUCGUCCUCCAUGCCUGUGGAGUCCGGAAAAACAGGGUAUCUGACGCUCAAAGAUCUGCAGACAACAUUCAGCAAUAAAUCCAUCUGAAACCUUGUAACUGUUUAUUCUAAUCUGAUUAUCGAAGCGAGCAUCUCUGACAGAAUAAACGGAGCGUCCUUUUGCAGUUAUAAUGGAAAAAAUAAUUAGGUUUUUACAAAUUCUAUGUUUUUUAAUGCUUUUAACCUGCAUCGAUUCCUUUUUUUUUAGGUCAAAACCAAAAUGAGUUCCCCUUUUUAAGCUUCUCCAUUCUCUGGCUCCGGACCCAGAGGCCGUCUUAUCUGGACGCAGACAAAUACCCAAUAAAAAAGGGCAAGGCACUGAUAGAUGGAGUCUUUCAGACCGGUGGAGAGAAAACAUCCAAAACACACGUGUAGGUUUUCAUUAUGGUUCAGAUUUCUGUUGUGGAAAUGUAUGCAAAACAUACAUAUUCGGCUAAAUAUAUAUAUAAUGCUGAUAUCUGGUAGUUAAACUUUUUACCGUAGUGUCUUCCUUUUUUGUGUAUAUUUGCAAUGCAUAUCUUUAAAAGGCCUUUUUUCCCUCAUAGUCUGAAGCAAAAAUCUCCAUUUCAGCAGCAUUUACAUGGACCAAACUUUCCACUUUUAUUCCCGUCUAUAUUCUGAAGGUUUUUAAAGAGGGGUUUAUUUAUUCAGCCUGAUUUAUAGAACAUUUUAUUCCUAAAAACAUGGGGAAAAUUGAUGUUUUUUUUACAGUGACAGUAUUUUCUGAUUUAUGUGAGUGAUCAAAAGACAUAUCCAAAAUUCCCUCUGUAAAACCUUUUUUUAUUAAGAUAUUUUUUGGGGCGAUUUUGCCUUUAAUCAUCAGCAAGCAUAAGUGUGAAAGGGGGAGAGAGAGGGGGGGUGACAUGCAACAAAGCGCCAUGCCGGAAUCAAACCUGCGGCUGCUGUGGUGAGGACACAACCUCUGUACAUGGGGCACCUGCUCUAUCCACUGAGCCACCAAACGCCCCCUCAUUAAAAACCUUUGACUCUAUUAAGCAAAAUAAGACUGUUGAACCUGGCUUCAUCCUAUGUAGAUAUUUUUGGUAUGGAAAUAAAUGCACAUUAAUGUAGAUUUAAUUAAACAAUGCAACGCUGCAUAUUUUAACAAACAAUUUAAGAAAACUUGUAAUACCAAAAAUAAUUGUCUUAAUUUUUAUAAUGAACUGGGGAAGUUUCAUAUCUAUUAGUUUAAAACAUUUACCCAAUUUUAUGUGGGUGGUCUCCCUUUAAGAGAUCAAAUCAAUAACGAAUUAACCAACAACAAAAGAUUGUUAUAUACAAUAAAGAAUUGUCUUGUAUACCA